GAGAUUGGCGGAGGCUGUCCAUUCUGAGGGUGUGUUUUUGGGGGUGUCUCAAUGCGGUGUGGUUCGUCGCCUCUGCGUUUGGCGGGCAGGUUCUGUCAUAACCAGCUGUUACAGAAAUUUGGUGGGGCAGUAUCUGGCUAGCGUGAUCGAAUGGAGGAGCGGCGAAUGCGCGUUUUGGUACAAGGGGCGGGGAGUGCGGGAAGUGAGGGCGGCGGUUCUCUGGGCAGGUCUGGUGUGGAUGAAUAUGCCUGAGUUGACGUGCAGCGAGUGGUGGGAUGCUGGACUGCAGCUAGGUUGUGGUGGGGAUAAGUUGCCCCAGGCCCGAUGUGGAAGGUCCACUGUUGCGCGCGUGGGUGACGUCUCUCAUGCGCUGGGAAAAUUCGCAUGUUGUAAGCCCUUUGACAGGGAGCAAUUCUAA